AUGGCAUUUAGAGAUUAUAUCGGACUUUUGAUAUCGAUAUCUACCGCUGCCGCAAUGUUUUGGGGUUGUAGUUUUGAAAUUCAGCAAAUUAUGAUGGGAGAAUUAGUUACAGCAGCGGGAGGAAAAUACAAGUUUCUGACGAUAUUGAAUAUGUAUUUACAAAUGUUUUAUUAUAUUUUGUGUAUAAUUAAUUUUUUCUUUGGUUCGAAUACGAUUGAAUUAGAAAAACGAACGAAAUUACAAAAGUUAAGAGAUUUUCUCUUUGCUGGUGUGGUGUUUCCUAUCGGAACUUUCGUGUGUAUUUCAUUUUGGGGUUUAUAUCAUUUUGAUCGAAAAUUAAUCUACCCGGAAGCAUUGGAUAAGCUGGUUUCUCCAUUACUCAAUCAUGUCAUGCAUACUGUACCUGGAGUGGCCAUAUGGCUUGAAAAUCUUUUUCAUUAUCAUCGUUACCCAUCGCGAUUAGCUGGUUUCUUGUGUCUUUUAACUGCAACUGGUGCAUACACUGCAUGGAUCCACUAUCUUCAUCAUCUUCAUUGGUUGGAAUUUAAAAUGAGCCUUUGGGUAUAUCCAAUCUUAAAUGAACUUUCAUUUAUGUAUCGUUACUUAUUCUUCCUUGGAUCAACAUUAUUCAGUGUUGGACUGUAUCUAAUCGGGGAAAUGUACACAAUCUUUUUGACAGGUUUACGAAUAGAAAAUGCUGAACGAAAGAAAAAGAAAAAUCAAUAA